AUGGAGACCGAAGUCUUCGAUCGAUCGGUUAAACUUUGUAGAGUCGAGGGAUCCAAUCUAGACCCCAAAAAGCACUGGUACGUGCUAACGGAAAGUUUAUGUGGGAUCAGGCCGAAUGCUUUCGCAAAGAGUGAAAUAUUUCGUCGAUUUCCUGAUGAAAUACGGUCUGUUCCGCCAGCAGGCCUCAAGCCCGUCAAAAAUGGCUGUUCAUUCAACACCAGGCAACCAGGCAACUCGUAUGUUGUUUCUUCGUUUGGUCUCUGUGCCGGACUACUUAGACAGAGAGAAUUUCCAGCAAAUGGAUUUGUGCGAUCUCAAAACAUUAUUCCUGUAGUUAAUGCGGUAAAUGGAAUCGCCCUCGACUUUGAAAUACCGGACAGUUUAGGCGGGAAAUACCCAAUGGAAGUAAUGUCAAAAUGUCAGUCUAGAAUAGCGGAGCUUGAUCACGAGAUUCGGGAACUUGAAAGAAGUAAUAAUUUUUUUAAAUUCAUGUAUGCCUUGCUACCCUCCAUUAGCAGCCUUGUCUCCUUCUUCUUUAAAUAAUGAGUGCCACAGGGACAGCAGAGACAUCAGCAGUUUCAGCAGCCCAUGCAGCGCCAGUGGCCCUUACAGCAUCAGUGGCCCCUACAGCACCAGUAGCCCUUGCAGCACCAGCAGCACCAGCAGCUCAAGCAGCAUCAGUAGCCCCUGGAGUAUCAGCAGCCCAUUCAGCACCAGUAGCCCCUACAGCACCAGCAGCCCCUGCAGCACCAGCAGCCCCUGCAGCACCAGCAGCCCCUGCAGCACCAGCAGCCCCUGCAGCACCAGCAGCCCCUGCAGCACCAGCAGCCCCUGCAGUACCAAUACCACCAACAGCAGUGUUAUUGAAGAAACAUUAAACGAUCCAACUCUAGGUUCCACCUUAAAGAAGAGAAAAGUUUCCAGUGAAUGCAGGAAAGUGAAGUCUGAGUUAGAUGGUGUGUUGGAAGAGUAUCGCGAGACCCUUGCCUGUAUAUUAGGCAAUAGUUUUUUGUAUGGCACUGAUGCAGAGAAGGCAAAGGUCUCAGAAACCAUAUCAGAAGUGGUCAGUUUAGUCAUGGAUUCUCAUGGAGUGAAGAAAGGAGUAACAGAUCUCCUCUUACCAACCACCUAUCAAGAGCUGUUGAAGAGUAUGCAUGUGCCUGACUGGGUCUUGCUCUAUUUUAAAUUGCAAGCAAAAUUACCAGAUGCUGCAUGGCAAACUCUUCUUAAUCUCACUCAGCUUGGAAGAAGUGGGGUAAGUUUGACCUUAUAACCUCAGGGUAAAUUAUUUUCAGAGUAUAAUAACUUUUUAUAACUUUAUGAAAAGUUUAAGGUUCCCCCCAAAGAAUUUCAUGGUUCCUAAAAAUUUUAAUCCAGAUUUUAAUCUUAUGGGCAAGUAGCUAAAAUCACAAGACCAAAAAUUUUAUAUGGUAAGAAGAUAAGAAAGACCACCAAGAUGAUCCCCCAGGUGAUCCCAGAUAACCACACCUCUCACCCUUCCACCAAAGUCUUAUUUCGUAGUUAGCAGGAAAUAAGUUAUCUUAAUCACAACUGCAGUGUAGCUAUACUUCUAUGGCAAGCAAAAGAAGAGGGUAUGUCAAAUUGGUGUACAGAUUUUCUGCUUGAAGGAUUUUUUGUAGCUCCAAAUGUAAUUCCCAUCCAUAAGUCAAAAUCAUUGUAUGAUCGCCAUAAAAUGAUCAUUGUUGACAAUAGUAAAAAUGGAAAAGACUGUGUUUCAUAUCAGUUACUGGUCAAGUAUUGGGUCAAAAUUCCAGGGCAUUGGCCAAGUUUAUGUAAGUUUAUGGACCUGAACUUCAUCUUGGUCCACAAGCACAAAUAAAGAACAAGUUAAGGCCAACAUCCUGCCAUCUUAAACUAACAAGCUUGGACAACAAAGGGCUUUUACAUAUUGAUUAUAUAACUGUGCUGAUUUUAAAAUAUUUGUAUGUAAACACCAUUUUGAUUGCUUGCAGCGCACCAGUGACACUGCUAUUCUCUUGUCAAAAAAUGAUAUUCGGGCAGUUAAAAAGCUAGUUUUUAAGGUUGUACGCAAAACGCUGUCCAUCCAAAAGAUGCCUACAGAUUUCCAUUCCUAUGGUGUGGACCUUGUGUCAGUACUAGUAUGGGCCAUACAUACUUCAUUGUUGAUGAUUUUACAUUAGUUUGUAAGAGCAAAUUUUUUACUGUGUUCUCUCACUUAUGUUUAUAAUAAUUAUUCUAGGGAACAACUCAAACAACUGAUAUCCAAUUUGAAUGUCCAGAAGUGUGAUAUUAAAAAAGGUGGAAUCACUGUUGAUGGGAAAAAGUACCACAUCAAUUUCACUGGUAGGUGGAUAUGCAUGAGCCUUAUAGCCAGGGACUUGCAAUAUGUUGUUCAAAAUGGCACAUUACUCAGAAUAAAACCCCUCACACUUCUUAAAGGAGGUGGAUGUUAGUUUUUGUACUGACUGAAGUUGAUUUAAUCACAGUCAAAAGUCCUUCCAGUUGUUCCAAAGGCAAACACAUCCUAUACACAAUUAAUGUGAGAAUUAAAUCAUUAUUAAAAUUAUUAUUCACUUCAUACAUGGAUGUCAGCUUUUCAGUUAAUUCUUAUCACUUCUCUUGAUUAAAAAAAAUUGCAGUUACCCUUGAUUACAAAGCCUUACUGCUUUUACUGCAAAGGGGCAAUGAUCUAGACUUUGUUCUUGGUGGGAAAGGGUAUGGUGAAUUCUGUGCCUUCUGUGAUGCAGUGAGGGUAAGUGCAAACAGCAAAUUGAAUUACUUUGUUUCUCACUUUAAAAUUGGAUUGCAAUUCCCUGUAUGGCAUUUACCUAGUUGUGUAGCUUGGAUUUUCUUUUUAAUUUGUUGUCAGAUAUUGAGUGUCUUCCAGAAUUUUUAUUUUUUGGGGGUCCAUGUGGAAACCUUAUGUAAGCAUCUUAUAUUUUGCACCAAAAAAACUCUACGUCAAACAAUGCAAAGUGACUUCCUUGUUAAAAAUGUUGUUGUGUGAAGUUCAAGGACUGUAUUUGUCACUGGUAACAGACUCUAUCCUUGAGGGUUGAUUUUAAUGGUCAAGAUACAAAUUGUCAUGCAUCAAUUGAAACAUUUUGAUUUAUAGGGAUGCACAUGCCAUGGUGUUGACCCUGAUGAGACCUGUCUCGACUGUCUAAGAUCUAAAGCUAAUAUUGACAGGUAAGUAAAACACUUUUAAGAGUUUGGCUUGGUGCUCAAUCUUUAGGGUCGCAAACAAGUGGUUACAUCUUAUUUUGUUUUAUAUAUUUUUGUUUUUGAAACAUUCCUAUUAGGUCUACAGGUCUACGAGAUGAUCUCACAUUUUUGCUUGAAGAAGACCUCAGCAGUGUAAAUCUUUGCUCUUUGCAUUGUGAGAUGCGUAAUUGUGAACAACUAUUGGACUCAUUGGGCCUCUUUGCUCAUUGUGUUGGCUCAUUAGAUUCACUCAAUGAAGUCUUGUCCCACCAUGGGCCUGAAAGCUCUAAAGGCUUUCUGAGGGUAACAGUGAAACUAAAACCUGGACAGCAAACAGCAGUGGAGAGAAAAAACAUCAAAGUAGCAUCUUUUUCAGGUCGGCUAACUGAAAUAACAUAUUUGUACUCAGUUACCAAUUUUGUUCUUAACCUAUAA